CCGUUGUCACCAUUUGUCGGCGAAGAGCUCUGUUUGUGAGAUUGCAAAUUUUUUGUGUUUGUAACGAAUGAAGUAUUUUACUUAAAAUUAUAUUAUUUGCAAAAGACUGUACACAUAAUUGUAUAAAUAAUAAAAAAUGGAAGGAGCUGGCAAUUGGUGUUUGAUUGAAAGUGAUCCAGGAGUAUUUACGGAAUUAAUUAAAGAAUUUGGUUGUGAAGGAGCUCAAGUGGAGGAGAUUUGGUCAUUAGAUGAUGAAACCUUCAAAAAACUAGAACCCAUACAUGGACUUAUUUUUUUGUUUAAAUGGGUGCAAGAUGAUGAACCAGCCGGUUCUGUGGUUAAGGACAAUCGUUUAGAAAAGAUUUUCUUUGCUAAACAAGUUAUCAAUAAUGCCUGUGCCACCCAAGCCAUUUUGAGUAUUUUGCUUAACUGCAAACAUGAAGAUAUUAAACUAGGUGAAACCUUAACAAAUUUCAAAGAAUUCUGUCAAUUCUUUGAUCCUUAUAACAAGGGUUUAACUUUAAGCAAUGCAUCACAAAUUCGCACUGUCCAUAAUAGUUUUGCACGUCAAACACUCUUCGAACUUGAUUCGAAAAAUCAAAACAAGGAUGAAGAUAUCUAUCACUUCAUAGGAUAUGUUCCAAUUGAUGGUCGUCUCUAUGAAUUGGAUGGUUUAAAAGAGGGUCCCAUUGAUUUAGGCGCUAUUGCUAGCGGGCAAAAUUGGAUUGAUGUAGUACGUCCCAUUAUUGAGAAACGUAUGAAUAAGUACAGCGAAGGUGAGAUACACUUUAAUCUUAUGGCCAUAGUUUCUGAUCGUCAGAGAAUCUAUCAACAACAAAUCGAUAAACUUCUUAAGGGCGGCGAAGAGGCCAUGGAAACUGAUGAUGAUCGUGAAACAGAGAUAGCAAAGCUACGCUUCCUCGUGGAUAAUGAAGUAGAGAAACGUAAACGUUAUCGCAUCGAAAAUGUUCGUCGCAAACACAACUAUCUGCCCUUUAUUGUGGAACUACUAAAAAUGUUGGGUGAACGUGGUCAACUAAUGCCCAUUUACGAGAAAGCUAAACAACGUGCUAUGGAACGUGAAGCUGCAAAGACCAAAUCUUAAAUACUUUUACCCAACUAGUAUUUAUUUAGAAAUAUAUUGAAACCACACUUUUUUUUAUUAAGUGUUUCUAGUUAUAGUAGACCCGUUUAGUGGGUUGUUUCUUUUUCUACAAUUAUUUAGUCAUUUAAAGAGCAUUUGUAAUGAUUAUAGUUGGGAUUCUACCCUUUUUAAUUAGAACUUCUUUAUUAAAUCUGUAUUUAAAAUUUAUUUUGUCUAAGAAGUUUGUAAAUCUUAAGAAUAUUUAACUGCCUGAAAAAAUUAACAUUGUACAUCUAAAAUCAUUUUUGAUAAAUUAUUUAACAAAAUUGUUAAAAUCUUUUUUUUUUUUUUGGUCAGCAUUUCUGUAUGAAUUAAUAAAGUACAACAAUUAUAAAUGAAAGUAAA